UGUGACUCCUCCCUCUCCUCGUGCCUCCCAGAACCUUCCAGGCUGCUGCUGUCCAGCUCCGCUGUCACGAUGAUCGGCCAGCAGGUUCUUGUUCUUAACCAGAAUGUGAAGAGAGAGUCGGGACGUAAAGUCCAGACUGGAAACAUAAACGCUGCAAAGACCAUCGCAGAUGUAAUCAGGACCUGCCUCGGCCCACGGGCCAUGAUGAAGAUGUUGCUGGAUCCCACCGGAGGAAUUGUGAUGACCAACGAUGGAAACGCCAUCCUCAGAGAGAUCCAGGUGCAGCAUCCUGCGGCCAAGUCGAUGAUCGAGAUCAGUCGCACGCAGGAUGAAGAGGUUGGAGACGGAACCACGUCGGUCAUCAUACUCGCUGGAGAGAUGCUGUCUGUAGCUGAGCAGUUCCUGGAGCAGCAGAUGCAUCCCACAGUGAUCAUCAGUGCCUACAGACAGGCUCUGGAGGACAUGUUGGACACGCUCAAGGAGAUCAGCUCACCCGUGGACACGUCGGAUCGAUCCAUGAUGCUGAAGAUUGUCCACUCUGCCAUCAACACCAAAGCUCUUAGUCGCUGGUCCGAACUGGCCUGCAGCAUUGCGCUGGACGCCGUUCGUACGGUGGAGCUGGAGGAGAACGGACGCAAAGAGAUCGACAUCAAGAAGUACGCCAAGGUGGAGAAGGUUCCAGGUGGGAUCAUCGAGGACUCGUGUGUGCUGAGAGGAGUGAUGGUGAACAAAGACGUGACCCAUCCGAGGAUGAGACGAAUGAUCAAAGAACCCAGAAUCGUCCUGCUGGACUGUUCUCUGGAGUACAAGAAGGGCGAGAGCCAGACGGACAUUGAGAUCAGUAAGGAGGAGGACUUUGCCAGGAUUCUGCAGAUGGAGGAAGAAUACAUCCAGCAGAUUUGUGAGGACAUCAUCCGCCUCAAACCAGACCUGGUGUUCACAGAGAAAGGCAUCUCAGAUCUGGCUCAGCACUACCUGGUGAAGGCAAACAUCACCGCCAUCCGCCGUGUGAGGAAGACCGACAACAACCGCAUCGCCAGGGCAUGCGGUGCUCGGAUCGUGAGUCGGACCGAUGAGCUGCGUGAGGAAGACGUUGGUUUGGGGGCGGGGCUGUUCGAGGUGAAGAAGAUCGGAGACGAAUAUUUCACCUUUGUCACCGAGUGCAAAGAUCCCAAAGCGUGCACGAUCCUGCUGCGAGGAGCGAGCAAGGAGAUCCUGGCGGAGGUGGAGAGGAACCUGCAGGACGCCAUGCAGGUGUGCCGCAACGUGCUGCUCGACCCGUCCCUGCUGCCUGGCGGUGGUGCUGUGGAGAUGGCGGUGUCGAAGCGUCUGACGGAGCGUUCCCGCGCUCUGACUGGUAUCGAACAGUGGCCGUACCGCGCCGUGGCCCAGGCGCUGGAAGUGAUCCCCCGAACGCUGAUCCAGAACUGUGGCGCCUCCACCAUCCGAGUGCUGACAUCACUGAGGGCCAAACACACUCAGGACAACAGUGUGUGUUGGGGUGUUGAUGGAGAAACCGGCUGUCUGUCUGACAUGUCUUCUCUUGGUAUCUGGGAGCCGCUUGCUGUCAAAGCUCAAACCUACAAGACCGCAGUCGAGACGGCUAUCUUGUUGCUACGCAUCGAUGACAUCGUCUCUGGUCACAAGAAGAAAGACAAAGAUGAGCAGAUGGGAGGACCAGGAGCCGAGUAGAUCGAUCCGAUUGAUCCCGAUCAAUAUCAGAGUCACUCCGACAGCUGUGUGUUUGUCUGUGUGUGUGUAGCUGUGUGUAUCUGUCUGUCUGUGUGUGUGUGUGUGUGGGGACCAGACGACUCACUGAAACUUAAAACUGUCAGUUUGAAACCUGAUUCUGAUCUCUGUUGUGUUGCUUCUCACGUCCUCAUAAGGUAAACACAUGUUCUCACCUGUCAGCCCACCUGAGUCUGACCGUCACCGUUACUGAGCUGCAGCUGCUCGAUGCUUUGACUUGUGUUUGAAGUUUUUUAUGAGCGAGAAAAAUGUUUUCUGAAUAAAGAACCAGUUCAGUGUG